AUAUAUACAUGGACAUGGGCUAGAUCGAUGAUAUCCUGCUCCAAACAACAGAACCACAGCCACCUAUAUCGGCACGUCGUCAAAGCUUGUCAAUUAAUGGGUGCCAAGCUCCCAGCCGACGUACAGCUCUCCCAGGUGGCCAAGCUAGGCUCCCUCCUGCUCCUCUUCCUCCUUGCGCCGCUGGUGCCUUCCUUCCUCAGAGUUUCCUACUUCUACUUCCUCUUCAACGUCAUCGUCCUCGGCCUGGGCAUCCAGGCCGGCCUCCUCCGCGGCGGCAGCGUCAUAGGCGUCAUAACCACCACUUCCUCCACACCACGCGCCGAUGACAGGUCACCGAGCGAUCAGACAGGCACGCCCAUCAGCAUCGGGGCUUCGCCGUUUCAGAGGCCGAGAUCCGUCCAGCAGCCCAGCGUCGUCGAGCAGAAGUCGGCUGCAGAUGCUCCCGUGGUCUCUGUCUUUGGAGCAAGUAUUCCUCUUCCUGUUAUUGACCUGAAGAUCAUUCUUCCUAUUAUUGAGUUGAAGACCAAGACCAAGGAUGUGGUGCUGACGCUGAUGAAGAAGUGCCCGUCCACGGCCAGCAUCUUCUUCCUCAGCGCCCUCGACGGUGGCCAAGUCGACGGCGAGGAGCAGGCGUACGAAGAGGAGAAGAAAGAUAGUAAUAAGGUCGACGUGGACGGCGAUGUGACCAUGAGUCGGCAGGAGCUAUUUGCCAACACCGAGAGGUUCAUCGGAAUGUUCCGCAAGCACCUCAGCAUCGAGAAGCAGUAGCCCUGCUGGAGUGCUGGUAGCUAGCUAGCACAAAUGUGGUUUUUUUUCUUUUCUUUUUAGUUAGAAACUACAUUUGUGAUUAUCGUCCACUUAUAUAUCUUAUCAGUCCUCUUGUUUCA